AUGACCUCGUUUGAUUUGAAUUCGAUAACUUCAGCACUCACAGACACAAAUAAACCUGAAACUGGUGUAGAUUUUUCUGGAAAGUCGCUUAAGUUAGACACUGAAAAAGAUGCUCAACCAAUCAUUGAUGCAAUCAAUGCAUGCCCGAACUUACAAUACCUGACCCUCACUGGCAAUACACUCGGGGUGGCUGCUGCACAAGCCAUUGCCAAGGCAUUGGAACACCACCCGGAGCUGAAGAUUGCAAGGUUCUCUGAUAUGUUUACUGGCAGAAUGAAAACAGAGAUUCCUCCAGCGUUGAGCGCCCUUGGGGAUGGCAUGAUAGCAGCUGGGGCGCGUCUCACAGUUUUGGAGCUAAGUGAUAACGCUUUCGGCCCCAUUGGUGUUGAAGGACUUGCUAAAUUGCUACAGAGUGAUGUCUGCUCACAGUUACAGGAAUUGCGACUAAACAACAAUGGAUUAGGCAUCACCGGAGGUCGUUUGCUAGCCAAAGCUCUGGCAGCGAAUCCACGGAAACUGCGAGUGUUCAUAGCGGGAAGGAACCGGCUAGAGAACGACGGUGCGACAGCUUUGGCACGCGUGUUUCAGACAAUGGGCACCUUAGAAGAAAUAGCAAUGCCGCAGAACGGUAUAUACCAUGUCGGAGUGUCAGCGUUAUCAGAAGCGUUCAAACACAAUCCUAACUUAAGCUGCUUGAACUUAAAUGACAACACAAUUGGUUCUAAGGGUGCCGAGGCCAUCGCUACUGCUUUGCCAAAAUUGAAAAAUUUAAAAUCCAUCAAUUUUGGUGACUGCCUUCUCAAGAGCAAAGGCGCUAAGGCCCUGGCGAAAGCGUUCAAGGACAAUUCUAUGCUUUUGGAGUCACUGGACCUCAGCCACAAUGAGAUCGGUCGUGAGGCUUGUAUGGAGGUCGUUGAGGCGAUUACUGCUUUACCUGAUAGCGCGGAUCGACUGUCUCGCGUCGUGUUAGCAGGCAACAGUCUUGGCGGUGCGUCCAACAAGAAGACAAUGAAGGAGAAGCUAGGUCCCUCCGCAGAGUUGAGCGAUGGAGAAGGGAGCGACGAGGAAUAUGUAUCUGGCUCCGAAGAAGAAGAGACAGACGGAGAGGAAGAAUCAGACGAGAACUCAGAAGACAGCGCCACAGAGGAUGCACAACACAUGGACACCAUAGUGAAUAUGGGCAAGGAAAUAAACUUGGACGACACAGGUGUGGAAGAAGUCAAAACAGAUGUUGGAAUUUUCCUAGAGAGCCCGACCCUGGAGAACUUGACAAAAUUAGGACCCAAGGCUGCUGACGUAAUAGAUGCCCAUCUGCAGGCAAUAAAGGACCCAACAGACCUAAUCACGGCAUAUGUGGAAGCAACUUUCUGUGUCUCGGGACUGUCAGAAGAGAGCAAUCUUGCUAUGGACAUCGCUCAGGAACUAUAUCCUAUAAUGCUGAAAAGAGCUGGACAGCAGCAUGCAGCUGCUUGGUUGUUAGCAAACACCAUGCUAAGAGGACUUGGCUUAAUAAAGUCGGAGAACAAAGAAUACCGCAUCCGGUGGAAGACGUCCGGCUGCUACCGAGUGCUGGCGCUCGCUGUGAACCGGCCCAACUUCCCCACGCCGCUGCGGGACACGCUGCGGUUCUUCAUCGCGAGCCGCUUGUCCACGCUCACUGACAAGAACAUUGUGGAGAAGCAUCCGGAGUUGUAUCGCUCAUAA